AUGAAUUCAACAACUCCACAAUUUCGUGAUAUUACCAAUAACAAUUUUGGCGAUAAUACCAGGAUCCAUCAGGGCGAUAUUCACAACUACGAUAACCACGCGCGUGGUCAGGCAGACCCUUGCCUAGCAGAUUUACGAAUCACCGAUCCCCGCGAUGACAAAACGCGUAUUGAGGAAACCAAAGGCAGCCUACUUAGGGACUCAUACUGCUGGAUCCUAGACCAUGCUGACUUUCAGACGUGGCGUAACGAUCCGCAGUUUCGACUACUCUGGAUAAAAGGGGAUCCUGGCAAGGGAAAGACUAUGCUGCUAUGCGGCAUUAUUAAUGAACUAGAGAAGUUCAAAGUAUAUCGAUUAUCAUAUUUCUUUUGCCAGGCGACUGAGACAAGACUAAGAAGUGCGACGGCCGUACUGCGGGGGCUAAUCUAUAGCCUUAUUGUUCAACAGCCAUCGCUUAUUUCUUAUGUGCGAGAGAAGUACGAUCACGCAGGCAAACAGCUAUUUGAAGAUAUAAACGCCUGGGCAGCUCUGUCUAAGAUAUUAAAGGCAAUACUUAAUGAUCCCUGUCUUAAAGAUGUGGUCUUGAUCAUUGACGCUCUCGAUGAGUGCACAGAAGAACUUCCACGCCUUCUUCAUUUUAUUAGAGAGAUUUCCUCUCGCAACUGGUCUAAUAUUGAGAAUAAACUCAAAAAUGCUGAGCAGAAGAUCAGUCUAUGUCUCGAGCUAAAUGAAGAUUACAUCUCGGCCGCUGUUCAAACUUAUAUCCAUUAUAAGGUGAAUGUUCUAGCGGAAGAGAACAGCUAUAAUAAUAAAAUAAGAGAAGAGACCGAACGCUACUUACUUUCUAACGCCAAUGAUACCUUUCUCUGGGUGGCAUUAGUGUGUCAGAAUCUCAACAAUGUCGGAAGCCGGAAGGUUCUGAAAAAGCUGAAAACUUACCCACCUGGCCUCAAUUCCCUCUAUGAAAGGAUGCUAGACAAGAUACUCAAAUUAGACGACGACGACGACGACGACGACGAUGACGAUGACGAUGUGUCACUCUGCAAAAAAGUCCUGACUAUAGUAUCGACAGUCUACCGGCCACUUACCUUACAUGAACUUCAUUCUCUUAUUGGAAGCCCUCAGGAGUUUUCGGAAGACAUCUCGUCAUUUGCAGAGAUAAUACAUCUUUGCGGCUCUUUUCUCACCAUUCGUGGUGAUACAAUCUACUUUAUCCAUCAAUCAGCGAAAGAUCACUUGACUACAGACAAAGACUGGUCUAGUAUCUCUCCUUCUCGUGCAAAAGAUAUUCAUUAUACUAUCUUUUCUCAAUCACUCCAACCUAUGAACACCACGUUACGACGUGAUAUCUACAGCUUAGGAACUCAUGGAUAUCAUAUCAGCCAACUCCAGCAACCCAAUCCGGAUCCCCUGAUCGCGGUACGGUACUCAUGCAUCUACUGGAUUGACCAUCUCUGCGACUACAAUACUAGCGAUUGUAUGGAGAGUGCCCUCCAAGAGGGAGGCUUAGUUGAUGUAUUCAUGCGCCAUCAUUUUCUCCACUGGUUGGAGGCGUUAAGUCUUCAAGGCAUGUCAGAAGGCAUCCUUGCAAUAGCAAGGCUUAUAGGUCUACUUGCAGAACAAACGCCUGAGAGCCAAGUAUUAAGCUUAGUACAAGAUGCCCGACGAUUUUUUCUUCGGAAUAAAUCGGUGAUUGAAUCUACACCGCUCCAAGUAUAUGUGUCUGCUCUUAUCUUUAGCCUUCUACAGAGUAAAAUACGAAAAAUAUUCAAGGAUGAAGAGCCGUCAUGGAUGCUAUUAAAGCCAGCUGUGGAAGCAGGCUGGGAUGCCUGUCUGCAGGCUCUAGAGGGCCAUAAUGACUGGGUAACCUCGGUGGUCUUCUCACCCGAUGGCCAGCGGCUCGCUUCGGGUUCACAGGAUAAGACAGUCAGAGUAUGGGAUGCAAACUCAGGCGCCUGUCUGCACACUCUAGAGGGCCAUAAUGGCUCGGUAAACUUAGCGGUUUUCUCACCUGAUGGCCAGCGGCUCGUCUCAGGUUCACACGAUAACACAGCCAGAGUAUGGGACGCAAACUCAGGCACCUGUCUGCAGACACUAGAGGGCCAUAAUGACUGGGUAACCUCGGCGUUCUUCUCACAUAAUGGCCAGCGGCUUAUCUCAGGUUCACACGAUAACGCGGUUAAAAUAUGGGAUGCAAACUCAGGCGCAUGUCUACAGACUUUAGAGGGCCAUAAUGGCUCGGUAAACUCAGUGGUCUUCUCACCUGAUGGCCACUAUAGCAUAAGCUGUGACGGAACAUGGAUCACAAAAGAUAAUAAGCCGCUAAUUUGGCUGCCCGUAGAGUAUCGACCAACUGCAUCAGCUGUGUUUGGAGCUACAGUUAUUAUCGGGUGUGGGUCAGGUCGGGUAUUAGUAAUGCGGUUUUUAUAUACUAGGCUAGUUAAGAAUGAAAUCGGUUUUAUUUCUAUCAUCGCGACCCAACACAUAGCCACUGAGGAAGACCGCAUAUGA